AUGGCAGACUUUGAUAGAGUCCUAGGCAAUAUUUACGUGGGAUCCCUGCAACCUAUAAUAGAUCAUUACCCUUUAAGCGCCCAACUGAAUGUUACACAUAUUUUAUCAGCCAUAAAGUUCCAAAAGAUUCCGGAAUACCUGGUAAGAAAGAGCUACACUCUCAAAAAUAUUCCUGUGGACGAUGAUGAUACAACCGACAUUCUGCAAUACAUUGACGAAUGUAACAGAUUCAUCGACUUGUGUCUGUUUCCGGACGAAGUAGAACUGGAUCCCCGAAAAGUGGAUUUCAGGAAGAAGCCUCAGAGAGGAACAAUCUACAUCCAUUGUCACGCCGGAGUUUCUAGAUCGGCCGCAUUUGCAGUAGCGUACCUGAUGUACAGAUAUAGCCUGAACCUUAAGUCCGCUCUGUAUGCGUUGAAAAGAAGACGUCCCGCUGCUCAGCCAAAUGAUAACUUCAUGGAGCAGUUGAAGAUGUAUGAGAAUAUGGGUGGACGCUUCGUUGACUUCGACGAUCAGGCCUAUAAAGUUUGGAAACUGACGAACUCUAUAAAGCUAGGCGAAGGCGCUCAGCGGCUUUUAGCUAGCAGCGAAACGUUUGAGCAGGAUGAUAAAAAAAGACUGGAAAAACUGAAUGCCGAUGAUUUGGAUCGGGUCUCAGUCAUUCGAUGCAAGAAAUGUCGGCAAAAGCUCGCGCUUUCAACGUCUUUCAUUGCGCACGAACCCCCAAGCAAAGAAUCGUCUGAGGGUCAUUUCAUCAGGAGAGCGGCGGGAUCUCACAGAAUCAUCGAUAUAAAAAGAUCUCAAGACGUGUGCUCGCACUACUUUGUCGAGCCACUCAAUUGGAUGAAAGAGGAAUUGCAGAAGGAGCUGGAGCUGGAGGGCAAAUUUAUGUGCCCGAACUGUGCAUGCAAGGUUGGGGGUUACAAUUGGAAAGGCUCGCGUUGUAGUUGCGGUAAAUGGAUGGUACCAGCCAUACAUUUACAAAGUGCUAAAGUGGACAAAGUCAAGUUCAAUGCCGACGUGCUUCCCAAUAUGAUAUCUUUCGAUAGAACCUAG